CCGCCCGGCCCCGCGGGCUCCGCUUCCCAGGGCGGGGCUGGGAACCGAGCGCCGACAGCGGCGCGUUAGGAGCAGUGGUGGCUGCGGGGCCCGGGCGGGAGCGGCGGCCGAGCGCACCGCUCCCCGUGGGCGAGGCUGCGGGAGCGCGGGCAGCGCCGUGCCGCUGCCCCUGCGGGGUGUGUGGGGCCGGAGGGGGCUGCGGGACCGGCCGGAGCUGACCUCUCCUGCAGGGCCUUUGUGGAGGCUGCGUUCGGCCCUCGGACGUGUGGUCGCGGUCGGAUUGUUUCCACUGUUAAUGAUCAGCCCUGUCUCUUCCUGCUGCAGCUUGCAGGCUGGAGGAGGAGGGGGUUUAAUAAAACCGCGGCCAGCCGAAAUGGGGAGAUGCCUAAAGCAGCAGUGAGGAGUCUGCCGUCUGCCUAGUUGCCCUCGUCCUUGCCUUGCGCUGGAACCAGCAGAGGAAGAUGUAUGUUUUUAUCCUUGUGCCAAGCUGAUCUGUCUAACUUCUGAACAGAACUAUGCGCUGAAGUUGGAGAUCCUGACAAAAUGGGGGUACUUGUGUUCUCUGUGACUUGCAGUUUACUUCUCACUCUGGUGAGAGGGCACAGUUUGUUCACAUGUGAGCCAAUUACUAUUUCCAGAUGUUCAGGAAUGCCUUACAAUAUGACUUUUUUUCCAAACAUUAUGGGACACUAUGAUCAGGACACAGCUGCUUUCCAAAUGGAGCCUUUUUUUCCACUUAUGAAUCUUCACUGUUCACCAGACUUCCACACAUUUCUGUGCAAAGCCUUUGUCCCUGCCUGCCUAGAGCAAGUUCAUGUGAUUCACCCUUGUCGAAGCCUCUGUGAGAAAGUAUAUUCUGAUUGUAAGCAGUUGAUGGACACUUUUGGAAUCACAUGGCCUGAAGAGCUGGAAUGUGCCAGACUAGUCAAUUGUGAUGAAACUGCUCCUGCCACUGCUCCUGUAACCACUAACAUACAUGGAACUCAGAAGACUCCAGGCCAGACCCGAAGGGAUUAUGGAUUCUGGUGUCCACGACACCUACACACUACCACUGGACAAGGCUACAAGUUUCUAGGAAUUGAUCAGUGCGCACCCCCAUGUCCCAAUAUGUACUUCAAAAACUAUGAAUUGGAUGUUGCAAAAAGCUUCAUUGGAAUAGUUUCAAUCUUUUGUCUUUGUGCUACGCUUUUCACUUUCCUGACUUUCCUGAUUGAUGUUAAAAGGUUUAGGUACCCAGAGAGGCCAAUCAUAUAUUACUCUGUCUGUUACAGCAUAGUCUCUCUAAUGUACUUUAUUGGAUUUUUAGUUGGGAACAAAACUGCCUGUAACGAGGCAGAUGAUAAGUUAGAAAUUGGUGAAACUGUUGUUCUUGGUUCCCAAAACAAAGCCUGUACUGUCCUUUUCAUGGUUUUGUAUUUUUUCACUAUGGCAGGAACCAUAUGGUGGGUGAUUCUUACAAUCACUUGGUUCCUUGCAGCGGGAAGAAAAUGGAGCUGUGAAGCUAUUGCACAAAAGGCCAUGUGGUUCCAUGCGGUUGCAUGGGGAAUACCUGGUUUUCUAACCAUUAUGCUCCUUGCAAUGAACAAAGUUGAAGGGGACAAUAUCAGUGGAGUUUGUUUUGUGGGUCUCUACGAUCUGGAUGCCUCUUUGUACUUUGUGCUUUUGCCGUUGUGCCUUUGUGUCUUUUUUGGUCUCUCUCUUCUCUUAGCUGGUAUUAUUUCUUUAAAUCAUGUGCGGCAAGUCAUUCAGCAUGAUGGCAGAAACCAGGAGAAGCUAAAGAAAUUUAUGAUCCGCAUUGGAGUUUUUAGCGGUUUAUACUUGGUGCCACUUGUAGCACUUCUUGGAUGUUAUGUCUAUGAACUGGUGAACCGGAAGAUCUGGGAAACAACUUGGGUGUUUGACCACUGUGAUCAGUACCAUAUUCCUUGUCCUUAUCAGGCAAAGGCACUAGCAAGACCAGAAAUAUUUUUGUUUCUGAUGAAAUAUUUGCUGACAUUGAUUGUUGGCAUAUCUCCAGUCUUCUGGGUGGGAAGUAAAAAGACCUGUUCUGAAUGGGCCAAUUUCUUCAACAGAAACCGCAAAAGAGAUCCGAUCAGUGAAAGUCGAAGAGUGCUUCAAGAAUCAUGUGAAUUUUUCUUGAGGCAUAAUUCCAAAGUUAAGCAUAAAAAGAAGCACUACAAAUCAACUUCACAUAGACUGAAAGUCAUUUCGAAGUCAAUGGGAACCAGCACCGGUGGGACAACAAAUCAUGGAACGUCUGCAGUAGCAAUCACUAAUCAUGAUUACUUAAGCCAGGAAACUGUUGCAGAAAUUAAAACCUCUCCAGAGACAUCUGAGAAAGAGGUAGAGGCGGAUGGAACAUCAGUCCGAAGAGUUGAUGAAGGUGAAAACAGUGGAGAUCAAAUGUUAUCUGGUUCUAAACUGACCAUGGAUCAGUUGGAAAAAAGAAAUAACGCAGAUAGCACCUGUCACCUGAGUAGCUUGGGUGAGAGUAUGAAGAGAGCAGCUGAAGGAAGAAUAACUCCUAGGAGUGAUUUUGUUGAAUCUCCUCCAUUACAAAGCAGCUGUUCCCAAAUACCUGAUGUCUCACAGUCAGCUUCCCUACCGCUACUUGUCUACUCGGCUUCAGAUACCAGAAGAGAGUUGGAUUCAGGAAACAGUUCAAACCUUUGAAAGACUGAAAUUUUAUAUGAACAUUUGCAGUGUAUAAAACUGAUAGGGAUUCUGUAUCACACUGGAAAUAUCCUUUGAAAGACUGAAAUUUUAUAUGAACAUUUGCAGUGUAUUAAACUGAUAGGGAUUCUGUAUCACACUGGAAAUAUCCUUUGAAAGACUGAAAGUUUGUAUUAAUAUUUGUGGUGUAUUAAGCUGAUAGGGAUUCUGUGUUACACUGGAAAUACUGGCUAUUCUGUGCCUUAUUAAAAAACACACAUAUCUUGCUUUGCACUUAAAAGAUGUAGGUUUUGUUGUGGGGACAGUUAGCAAUAAUGUACUAUAUUUAAUCCUAUCCAGGAAUAGUGGAAACUAAAGUUCUGUAGGAUAUGGCUGGAUUGACUAGCAGUAAUUUAACAAGAAGAUGAGAAAAACAAAUAUUCCCAAUAGAAAAAACACUUUGUAAUGAAUUGUAUUAAAAUAAUGCUUAGAAAGCACUGUUAUUUUCAAGGCAUGAAAGUUCCAUCUUCAUCUUUGUUAUUUUCCAAAACUUGGAAGUUUUUUUUCCUCUUUUUUUUUUACUGUGUUUUUAACAGCAGUAUCACUUUAAAUAAGGGAAACACAAAUUUAUAAAUAGUCCCUAAAUUACGUGUCAUGGAGUAUUGAUUAUAGCACUGGUUUAUGGUAGCUUGUACACUGAAUAUGAAAAGGAAUCUGGAAUUAUAGUGACUUAUUUUGUACAUAAAAACGAAUUUUGUAAAUAACUGACUGCAUAAGGUCAACAUUUAUAACUAGUGUUUUGUAUGUAUUGUACAAACUUAGUGAGGUUAACAUGCUUCCCCCAGCUUGUUACUAAUAUCAGCAGUCCUGUGGGGAUCAGGCCACGUUACUUGGUUUUGCGUAAAGCAGAUUGUACUGUAUGUGUAACGUGACAUAUGCUGUGCAUUGGGGCAGGGCUGGUUGGACAUAUGUGCAUCCUGCUGCAGGGACAGUGUGUUAGAUGCAGCACUGCUUCAGAAAAAUGCUUCCUGUAGCCCCUCCUGGUGUGGUGAUCCCAUGCAUUGUGCCAAAGAAGCAAACACUUCAGAUCCCUGGCUGCUUGGAGGGCAAAUCCUGAAGUAUACACUGGGUUUUUCUACUGAGCUGUGGUGAAAGUAUGUGUUUCACGUUGUAUCUAUGCAAGUAACUUAAUAUUUUUAAUUCUGUAGAGAAAUAUCUUACAGAAAACAAACUGUUGAAUUAUUAAUACACAGGCUUGUUUAACAAUAUAUUUACUUAAAAGAAGACCUUAAUACUUUUUCUACAAAGCUUUAUUUUCUAUAUGCUACAGCAAUAUAUUUUCUUUAAAUCAAAAAGGCCUUAAUACAUGUGGCCUUUCUUAUGAUAGGGUGGCUCUCAAGAGCAAGCACUGCUGAUGUGGAUAAGAAUUUCAUUGUUUGGCUCUUAAGAAAUUGUGGCUCCAGUGAAGUCAAUAUGACUUUAGUGCUUCAGAGAAUUUAGAGCCAGAAUUUUUCUGGUUUUUAAACCUAAAUGUCAAUGCAUUUUAUAAGACUGUUCAGCAUCUUGCAUUUGAUUACUAAUAACAAUAUUUCUCAAUAUUUUGAUACUAUGCAGAGAAUUGUGUUCUAAUUUGGGCAUCAUACUGUUGCUUUGACCAGUCAAUCAAAAUUGCAUGGUAAAAAAAUCAUGUAAAUGCUGAAUCAACAGGAACUACAGUUCUCAUAAACCAAAGUUAUUUGUUUUAUCCACCAUUCAUUAAAAAUUGAAUGUAUUUGUCUUUCUAUUAUGGUGUCUGCAUUUUAGCAUUUGUAAUUUAUUGCCUUCAAUAGGAUAUGCUAUUUCUUUUAUAAUUUCCCCAUUAAAAAUAGAAUUCUUGCUCUUGGGAAGAACAGUGAGAAAGAUCUGAAAACUCUCCUGUGAAAAUGCACACUAAAUACCCUUCAUUCUUGUAGUCCUGUUUAUAAAUGGGUGACUUUAUACACAUGUUGGGGAGCUUUGUUAUUACAGUCUUUGUUAGUAAUAAAAUAUACUGUUGUAUAGUA